UGGAUUCGUCUCGGCGCCGCUCAACCUGGACUUUCGUUUCUGAGUGAUCCGCGGGCUCAGACACGCCGUGGGCAUAUGAAUAUCUAUGCUCUGUCGCAAGCUCGGGGUAAAAUAGUCUGCUGGUGAUUUGUGGGUGUCAGUGGGGAGUGGGUGUCAGGCAGCCAGAGAGCAAGCGUGGGAUCUGCUCAACGAGUUUUACUCUCGAGGGUUGAACUUGAUGAUCGCCACUGAGCACUGCGCGGCUAACAUGCUUGCUGUACAGGCGGCUGCGUCCUUUCAGCUGCGGUGAUCAGCUGGCUGUAAUGUGCUGAUUCCGCAAGGGGGUGAGAGGGAUAGAGAAUGGAACUCCUCGGAUUUCGUAUGGUGGUGGAGAGUGGGGAAAGGCUGUUAUGGAUCAGCUUGAAGAAAGAGCAGGUGAAGUUGGUGUGCUGGUUCGCUUCUCAUGGACAUGACGCUCAUCGCCUACUGCAGGGAAUUUCAGUGUGCGAGGUUGGCUGCGAAAGUAGAAAGAGGCAGUAGGAAGAAUAGUUUACAUCCGAGGGAAGUUAGAGAGGCGUUGGAGGAGAAUCGUGAAGAAGAAUCGGCUGAAGAGGUAUGGCGAGAAGAGAAGCUUCUGAGUAUGCCAAGGGUACUGUAGUGCAACUUGUUGCCGGAGAUGCCCACACUGUUGCUCUCACAGCCACGGGAGAUGUGUAUUCAUGGGGGCGAGGCCUAUUUGGGCGAUCGGGUGUCUUCCAAGACGAGCUUAUACCUACCCUUGUUGCCGUUGGGACGAACCUUGACAAUGAAAACAGUCCUGGGGGCUCGCACUCAAUCGGGAGAGAGGACAACUCCCACGCCCAUUACGUGCUUGGCAAAGAUGGCGUCUAUCGGCCACCUAAAGUUACGCAGGUCGCAGCUGGGGCUUACCACAACCUCGCAUUGACUGCGGACGGCGUGGUGUGGUCCUGGGGUUACAAUGCCUGCGGUCAGCUUGGUCGUGACAAGGCUACAUCGCAGCCCUCACCAAUUUCCUUCACUCACAGAACCUCCGGCGAUGAGGUUCGCCGAAGUGGGGUUGUGCGCCACGAGGGAGCAACUUCCGACUGGGAGAGCAUACAGCCAAAGAUCAUCCUCGUGGAAGCUGGUGGCAUGAUGUCUUGCGCUGUAGACAUAGACGGUGCGCUUUGGCUCUGGGGUGCUGUGUCCAACCCUUCGGACUAUUCUGACAACCACAGCAGCAGAGAUAUGAGCUACCGUGCCAUAAACAUAGAGAGCCCUGAGAGGGUAAGAGGACUUUCGGGGCUCAGGGUUUAUCGAGUCGCUUUGGGGAAUGAACACAUAGUCGCUCUUGUGGAAGGAAGAGAUGAGAUUGAUCUCGACUGUUAUGCCUGGGGUAACAACCAAUUUGGUCAGCUAGGACUUGGAGAUUUCAGAGACAGGCCAUACCCUCAGGUUGUGAAAUAUCUCGCCGCAUCCGUCGUGGGUUCUAUAGUUGACCUUGCUUGCGGCGCAUUUCACACUGCGAUUCUUGCUGUGAAGGAUGACAAUCCUACGGAUCUUAUAUUGGAACCGAACUCCCCGAGAAGUAGACGUAACAAGCAAGGCUGGGACGUCAUCCAAGAUUCCCCCACUCCCAGGCAUAGUUUCUUCAGGACUCAUCAAUCGAUGGUCGACCAGUUGGAACACAAUCGAAACUCUCCAAACGUGCGCACGAGGCAAGACAGUGUGACGAGUUCCUCCCUCAGGUCGACCGCUUGGGGCUCGUCGCGCGUAUCUUCCAGCCGUAAUCUCACACAGUGUGCCAGCACCAGAUCGAAAGAGAGCUUUUGCUUAGAGGGUCGAUUGUCCGUUUGUUGGACAUUUGGCCAGGGAGAGAAUGGACAAUUAGGUCAAGGCACUACGGUAAAUCAAUCCUACCCUGCUCCUGUUGAAGGCCUUCCGAACGAGCGGCUUCGGACGGUUGCCUGUGGACUCUUUCACACAGCUGUGGUUACUGAAAUAGGUGACGUUUGGGUGUGGGGAAUGGAGGGAGGAUUAGGCCUCUGCGCUGGAAUUGGACCCCCUGGUUCAAGAAGCGGCGAUGCUCUCUCUCCUGUGCGCGUGUUCGGGGAUAGCUCGGCAAACUGUCAUCCUGUCACGGGAUCCAAAGGCAUUACGUGCGGGGCAGCACACACGGUCACCAUGUCUGAUGGCGGUAGGGAUAUCUGGGCGUGGGAACGAGGUCAGCGUGGAGUUCUAGGUUCAGGACAUACCUCCGACAGCUGGUUUCCGUGUCCAGUGGUGUGGCCUCCGGAGACUCCAGUAGUCCACUGGACAGCUGGGUCGCAAGGACCCAAUCACUCGGAUGCUUUGUAUCCCAUGGGCUUUGAUUGUCGAAGAUUAAGCCGAGCUUCAACCCGGACCUCCUCCAGAGACACUGGACACUUCGAGAAAUGCCCUCCUCAAGCAGCAGACUCAGACAGCAGAAAGCUAUCCGGAGUCCAAUCACAUGACAAUUCUUCUCGGUCGGGAAAAAUCAAAGCGCUUCAAAAGGAGUUGGCUGAAGCGCGACGUCAUGCUGAGAGCCUCCACGCAGCCAUUUACGGGGAGGUGGAAGGUGUUGUUCAGGAAGACGCAUUCCACGACUGGGAGCGCCGCAUGGAGGCUGCAUCUGCCGACGAUCUGGCAAACUUGGAUCAUUACUACAGAAGCAUGGGGGUUCGAUUGAAGCAAAUUUCCUUCCAAAGGAAAAUGGAUGAGUGGUGUUGCCGCUGCAUGACGGCGAUGAAUUCCCCUGGUGCUCCCGCCGGUUCUCAAUCCACACGGGAGUCAUAUUCAGCGGCAAACACUCCCUUCAGGGAUGGACCUGGGGAGUUGGCCAUGAACAAGAUCGGCCUCUAAACCGAUGCAGGAGAGAUGCUACUUCCACCGGCAGCUUCCAUCGCUGAGCUUCGCAUGUUGUCUCGGCGUCCAAGAUACUAAGAAGAGCGGUCUUCAUGAACUGUCCCUCAGUGUGUCGCUGCGUGUCUACAGGAAUUUUUCACCACGACACUCGGUCCCGUAUGUGGCGGUUUUGGCCACACAUUCAUCGAGAACUCGGCGGUGACCUGAUCCUUGUAGAUAUCCCCCGCCACCUCCACAUGUACGAUCAUUUACAAGACAAAUCCUUCCACCAUUUUGCUUGCUCGAUGGAAUCUGAGCCCGUAGCAUCUCUUCCCAGAUGUCUCACAAUAAUCAGCACCAAGCCGCCGAAUGUACCCAACCUGUAGCAUUUGUGUCGGUGAGCCGACAUGGAUCUGAUCGAUAACUGUAACCACUCAAACAUCACCGACACAGCGUUACUCUUGAAUCUCCUACGGAAGAGCAGUUGUAAGGUCGGCAUGGGUAGAAUCCAACAUGGUAUGAGGAUCCAACUCGGAGUGUAAUUCUAGUAUGCAAUUCAGGAAGCUAAGUGAGCUAGCUGUCGGUAUCUGUUUGGGAACUUUUUCGACGAGUAUGACCUGGAAAAAGAAGUAUAUGAAAAACAUUGUUGUAAGUUGUGGGUCCAGUAGGGUCACAAUCAUGUUCCGUCUGAAUGAUUGAAUUGCAUAAGUGAACGAGAUGGUGAAUUGAUGCUGCA